GUUGACUUUUAAGGGAGCUAAUCUUUUCAGGAGGAGGUCUGAAGGAAAGGCGAGUUACAGGUGGUAAGAAAUGAGUGUGAUGAAGCCCUGGUUGCUGCUGCUCAUUCUCCUGGUCAGCUUCAGCUCACCUGCACCCAGGUUUUCGGAAAAAGAUGUCUGCAUCCUAGACAACAAUAAAUUAAGACAAAGGUUAAAACACCUUCAAGAUUUGCUUUACUUAUAUGAACUGCAACUGAAGGAUAUCCUGGAGAACACUUACCAUAGAACAAAAAGUGGGCUGUUUGCAGGCAACAGGAGCAUGCAGCACGAGAUGCUUUUACCCACAACCAGUGGAAAUUUGAUAGUCUAUGAUCAAGAUUGCUCUGCGGUAUUUAAUCGGAAGAAGACCAAAAAUGGCUACUACCGGAUCAGGCCCAGAGCAGACCAAGAGCCCUUCCUGGCAUACUGUGACAUGUCUGAUGGCGGAGGCUGGACUGUCAUUCAGCGACGCAGUAAUGGCAAGGAGAAUUUCAACAGGAAAUGGGAUGAUUACAAACUGGGAUUUGGGAAAUUCCAGGGCAAGAAUGAUGAAUACUGGCUGGGCAACGACCACAUCCAUGACCUGCUCACUAGAGGAGAGAGCUCACUAAAGAUUGACCUGAUGGACUGGCAUGGGGAAAGACGUUAUGCAGUCUAUGAAAAUUUCCAGCUUGCGAGUGAGCAGGACAAUUACAGGUUAUGGUUUGGCACCUAUUCUGGUAAUGCUGGCGACGCUCUGUCUGGUGGGAGCAAUUUUGAAGAUCAGUGGUCAGCCUCGCACAGAGGGAUGCAGUUCACCACAUCUGACAAGGAUCAUGAUCGAUUCCUGGCAGGCAACUGUGCAUUAGAGAACAAGGGCGGUUGGUGGUUUAACAGGUGCCAUGCCGUAAACCUCAAUGGACGAUACUACAGAACAGGAAGGUACAAUGGAUCCCACGACAAUGGCGUUGUUUGGUCUACAUGGCAUGGGGUGUGGUACUCGCUAAAAUACUCAGCCAUGAAAAUCAGGGCUUCGUUCUUUGUUGACAGUGAGAGUGGAGAUGGUGAGAACAGUCAGGGAAGCUGA